UGUCAUGUGCGGCAUAAUACCCACUGCUGCGUGUAAUUGUUGAUCAGCAUUACGUCAUUUAAUAACGAGUAAAUAAAAAAAGUAUAUAAAUUAACUCAAAUCGAUUCUUUAACAACCGACAGUUAAAUAUUGACGUUAUAUUCCUGUGGCCAUUAUUUAUUAUUCUAGUAAUUAAAAUAAUUUAAAAUGUGUGGAAUUUGGGCAGUUUUUGGUGUUGAUGGAGAAACUUUAAAUUGCGUGUGUAAUAAUUUUAAUAAAAUUUCUCAUCGUGGUCCAGAUGCUUUAAGAGUUGAAAGUGAUAUUCGUGUUAAGAACGCAUUUUUAGGUUUUCAUCGACUAGCAAUUCUGGAUAGUUUAUGUGGUAUGCAGCCAAUGAGACUUUAUCAGUAUCCAAAUAUAUUUUUGAUAUGUAACGGCGAAAUAUACAAUUUUGAAAAGCUCAGGGAUCAAUACAAUUUCUCAUAUUCAUCAAAAUGUGAUAUUGAAAUAAUCACUCAUUUAUAUAUGAAUGGUGGAGCAAAAAAUGUUGCUAGUUCAUUGGAUGGUGUUUUUGCAUUUUGUUUGAUGGAUAUGCAGGAAAAUAAAAUUUUGAUAGCACGUGAUCCAUAUGGAGUAAGACCACUCUUUAGAUUGUCAAGUAGUGAUGGCCAGUUAGCUGUUUGUUCUGAAGCUAAAGGUCUAAUGGGUUUAACAGAACAAGUAACUGGAGAUUGGAAAUUGGAACCAUUUCCACCAGGACAUUAUGAAGAAUAUAAAAUAUUAACAAGCGGCAAAGUUGAAUUAUUAUCACGAGUUUGUUAUCAUAAACCUGGUGAUAAACCUGCAUUUGACUUAUUUGUUCCUUGGAACACUUUAGUACCAUCAGAUGUGAAAGGUAACAUCGUUAAAUUAUUCACGGGAGCUAUCGAGAAACGUUUGAUGGCUGACAGACGUAUUGGAUGUUUAUUAUCAGGUGGUUUAGAUUCAAGUUUAGUUGCCUCGCUAGUUGUGAAACUAGCUAAAAAACAUAAUUUACCUUAUAAAAUUCAAACCUUUGCUAUUGGAAUGGGAGACAGUCCAGAUUUACGUGCAGCAAGACAAGUUGCUGAGUUUAUUGGUAGUGAACAUCAUGAAGUUACUUUUACAGAACAAGAUAUCGCUAAUGUUCUAGAUGAUGUAAUUUAUUCUUUAGAAACUUUUGAUAUUACGACUGUUCGCGCAUCUGUGGGAAUGUAUUUAUUGGCAAAAUAUAUUAAAGAAAAUACAUUGACAACGGUAAUAUUUAGCGGUGAAGGUGCUGAUGAAUUAGCGCAAGGUUAUAUUUAUUUCCGAGAUGCACCAAACUCUCACGAAGGCCACGAGGAAUCUCUUCGUUUGCUUAAAGAUAUUUAUCUUUAUGAUGGUUUACGUGCUGAUCGAACUACUAGUGCUCACAGUUUAGAAUUACGUGUGCCAUUUUUAGAUUUACAAUUUACUUCUUACUAUUUGUCACUUGAUCAAGAAAUACGUCAACCACAAAAUGGAGUCGAGAAAUAUUUACUGCGAUCUGCUUUCGAUGAAGAUAAUUUACUUCCUAACAACAUUUUGUGGCGACACAAAGAAGCAUUUAGUGAUGGUGUUGCAUCAAUUAAGAAAUCACUCUUUCAAAUUAUUCAAGAGAUCGUUGAUUCUCGGGUUACCGACAAAGAAGUUGAAGAAGCUCAUGUUAAAUAUCCUCAUUGUCCCCCCAAAACUAAAGAAUCAUUUUAUUACAGGCAAGUCUUUGAAAAACAUUAUACAGGACAAGCUGAAUCAUUAAUUCCCUACUACUGGAUGCCACGUUGGGUAAAAAAUAUUUUUGAUCCAUCAGCGAGAUUUAUUAAACAUUAUGCUGCUGAAAAAGAUUAAAUAUUCUACGAUAAUGUUAAUACUAAAUUAACUACAAUUAUACAAAAGAUUUGAAUCAAUAAAAUUUUUUUUGCACCAUAA